AUGCUUGUUUGCUGUCAGAAAAAAUGCCUAGUUUUGCAUUUCUGCCAGCAAUUCAUAUACUUGUUUGGAUUGGUGACAGCCUAUCUGUCACCAAAAGACAACAUAAUCUACAGCAAGGUAGACGGGCAAAUUAAAUGGUGCUCGAAUCAAGUGAAAACUGUUUGUAUGCCCGAAAUACAGGAAAGUGUAAACUGUACAGUCAAGCAGUUUGAAGAAACUUACGGAGAACCACAAAGCAAAGUUCGUUACUUUGGUCGAACGUUUGACACGCAGAAACUGGAAGCUGGCCUUUACCAUAUUUCAUGUGUUGAUGUCACCAAUGUAGUGGAACAAAUGAAACUGAUUUUGCAUGACCUUCAGUUUUAUCUCGACUGUGCGUCAGCACCUCGAGCUCUUACCCGGUUCGAACGGAAGCAAGCAGUGAAAUUUUGUGUCAAACACAUUCCGCUUCGCGCCUCUUGGAUAAGGUAUGUACCGCAGCUCAGAACGCUAGGAUUCUUGCACACCAAAUGCGGUGAUACAUCCGGUUUGCUUCCCUUCCUAAACGGUACAUUGUUGCCAACACAAACAUGGGAUUUGAUCUCGGUAACUUUCACUGUUCUUUGUGAGGACAAAACAUUCAAUUCAACUGUACAUUUUUCUGAGCCGGUCGUUUCCAGAAUCUCACAAGAAAUAAGUAAUCCUACCGCAGUGAAUGAUCGAAUGGGAUUAGACCUAUUUUUCUCCGGGCCACGAACACUGAGCUACCUGCUAGAUACGCAAAUCCCUAGUGUUGAGUGUUCCUGGAACGAUCUACAGGAUAAUCAAAGUACGACGGAGCUAAAUUGGAUGCAACUGAAUGGGGAAAUUGGUUAUGAAGUUAGCAAACAUGAUUCAGGCAGCAGCUUGCUAACGGUACACAACUUUUCUGAGGCCAUUUCGACAAACACUUUUCGCUGCACCUCGUGGGCGGAAGAACGAUGUUUCUCGAAACUGUGGAUAUUCAGUCAAGUGCACCCCUCGCCGGAAAUUCAAUUUUCUCCACUGGAUCGUGUUCAAGCGUUUCACGACAUUCUUUACUGCAACGCCACCCAUGCACCAAGGGAACAUACCCGAGCACGCAUGCGAGUUCUGUGGGGAAACGGGACAUUCGUCACAGAUGAUAAUACAGCCACGUGGCCAAAAUUGAGACCGCUAACGCAAAGUGUUCUUUUGGAAUGUGAGGCAGAAUUGCAAUAUAUGAAUAUUACUUACUCCCGAAAGUCUGAGAGCUUUCUGGCCCAUAUUACCUCUUACGCGAACAUUUCCUUCGAACCAGAACGAAGUGUGUUUUGGGCCACAGACACAUUGCGAUGCACAGUGAACAACGAUGACCCUCGAAUUCAUCCCUACAUCAUACUGGCGGAAUACCCUACUGAAUUCCAUCCACGUUUGUUCUACGAAACAAUUGAUUUCGCCGAAUUUAUCCCCGGUGAUUACGUAAUCAAAUGCUAUUACUUUGGCCCCAAUACUGAAAAAAGAGUGCUAACAAAAAAUAUUUAUGUUGCAUUACCCCCAACUAGUAUUGAGGCCGAGCAGUAUGUCAAUUUAUUGGGCCGGCCGUCGAUGCGCUGCGUCGACAACGGAUAUCCUCAGUCACAUGUGAGUGUUCAGUGGACCGGGCCAGAUUUGACCGCCUGUUGCGAUGUCGUGGAUCAUCAGUUAGUCCUUUCCCAAGUGGCCACACAUGGUGUAUACAGGGUAAAAUGUGACGCGGUCGUGACACACUCCCUACUAACGCUCCAGCUUUCUACAGACGCCAGCUUUGUGGUACUCGGAAUGAACUUCCGCCCACAAGAAAUUCUCACAAAAUAUAUGGACAAUACAGUAAACAAGAUCAUCAUCAUUCUUUUUUCGGCCGUCGGCUAUGGACUGCUGGUGUUGUCCAUAUCAGCUACUUGGUUCCUUGCUAUGAAGUUGAACAAAAUACGUUCCAAAAAACGCAGGGAACAGAAGCUUCCACCUGGUGAAUACGUCAGAGUUCCGCAAAAUAUUUUGUCAAAAGAGGAGCAAGUUAUUUUGAUUGAACUCCUGUCAAAAUUCGAUAUGGUGGCACAGCUCGUGGCAUCGCUUGUAAAGGAAUCACGAAGUAACAAGAGGACAUUCAUUCUAAGGGGAUUCGAUUGGCGGGAACGACGUGGUCCCAGGUUUCCGGAUUUUAAGGAUAAAGAACGGAUUCCAGACAAUACAUAUUCCUGGAAGACCGCUUUGUUCUCAUUUCGCCCUACCUGUUUAAAGGAACUGCACAGAAUACAUAACCAUAAAUGGUCUGGGAGUGUUGGAACGACCUCGGUGGAACGCUUCACGAUUGAUGACCACUCCGAUGAAUUUGCAACUGAUAGAGCACCACAAAAAAGAAAAAGAAGAGGCAAAAGUUCGUUCUUACGACGAUCACCCGGAACUAAAACUCUACCCUUUAAAAGGCGUAGACGCGUUUUACGAUCCAAAAAAAAGUAACAAAGAAACCCAU